AGUGCCUUGGUGGAGCUCCAGCAGUGCUCAAUUCGAUCAGCGUUAGAAAGAAAGAGAAGAAGAAGAAGAGAAGAGAAGAGAGGAAAGUGAUGCCGAAGAGAACAACACACACGUAUUCGAGCGAGGACGCAGCUCCAGAUGGACCUGACUCUGAUAUCUUCGUCUACUACUGCAAGCACUGUGGAUCUCACCUACUCAUAACUGAUACCCAGUUGCAGAAAAUGCCCAAAAGGAAGACUGACAAAGCUUAUGUGUUGGACAAGAGCAAACAUCUUGCAAGGCUUAACAUUGCUGAGGCUGGAAAAGUUGUAUUGAAAAGGGGUGAGGGGAAAAUGGAGAAGCAAUUUCGCAUGAACUGUGUGGGUUGUGGACUCUUUGUUUUCUAUCGCUCAGAAGAAGAUUUGGAAGGUGCUUCUUUCAUAUAUGUUGUUGAUGGUGCUCUAAGCACGGUUGCUGCUGAAACCAACCCACAGGAUGCUCCUGUGCCACCCUGCAUUUCAAACCUAGAUGGGGGACUCGUUCAAGUGGCUAUAGAAGUGGAAGACCGUGCACAACGGUCAGCAAUCACAAGAGUGAAUGCUGAUGAUGUUAGAGUUACUGUGGCUGCACCUGCAGCUCGGGGAGAAGCAAACAAUGAACUCUUGGAGUUCAUGGGCAAAGUGUUGGGUCUGAGACUAAACCAGAUGACUCUUCAGAGAGGGUGGAAUAAUAAAUCGAAACUCCUUGUGGUGGAGGAUUUGUCUGCUAGGCAAGUAUAUGAGAAACUUCUGGAGGCUGUUCAACCUUGAGGUUGUACAAUUUACAUGUCAAUUGUAAUGAAAGAUAAGAUCCAUUCAACUUGUACGUUUACCCUGGACAUCCUGGACUUCAAAUUAUUCUUCAGUUAGUUGUGAUUGUUGUAAUCCAAUGUUGCAAUGUCAAAAAUUCAAUUGUACAACCUGAGUCUAUUUUAUGAUAAUUCCAGUUAAUUCUGUAUGUA